CUGUCAUGUUGCACAGUGCUGUCGAGAUCAUGACUCCUCUCACAGUCAUUUUGCUCAGUUCACACAACUUGUUCAAAAUGCUUGAACCUUUUGAUUGAAAUAGACCUUUUCUUGUUCACUGCUCCCGUGCAUUUCCAUGUGCUUGUGAUGUCUCAAGGCAAUAUUUCACCAAACUGGAACCCUAUGUGCAGGUGCAAGCUGGGCACGAGACGUGUGACGUCGACAAUCUCUGCAAAUAUUCUACUGGUACCGAUGUCAAGUUUCCCGAAAAAUUUAGGAAACAAAUCAUCAGUGCAAACGUGAGUUUUCCUGCGUCCGACCUAGAAGAUAGCCUGGUAGCAAGCCUCCUUGGCGCCUACUUGGCAUCGGGUUUUACUAAAUCGGAAUCGUUUCGUCCUUCGUCCUUUAGGCGGGCACCAUUUUUGCUGUCAUGCCUGCACGUUCCGGCUGUGACUUCCUCUUCAAGAAGGUGAUGGGUGAAAAGGCCGAGACGUUGGGGUUGGUGGCCUUCGAAACCUUGCCCUGGGCCUGUCGUUUCAACGACUGGGGCAAGACAGCCACUGUUUUGGGCACCAAGGAGACCAUUGGCGCAGCCGUGGUGCCUCCCGUGAAGCAAAGCAAGAUGGAUGUGAUUUUGAAGCUUCAAGGGCUUCUGGGUGUUGAGCCCAAGAUCAACGAAGUUCCCAACAUUAUGAGCAUUUCCUUGGGAAAUCCAGGGCAAGUCAUUCACCCGGGUGUGACCUACGGUCGCUGGCACGCAUGGGAUGGUAAACCUUUGGCCAAGAAGCCUCUGUUCUACCAGGGUGUGGACAAUGAGACUGCGGACGUUUUGACCGGAAUUUCAGAUGAUAUCCAGAAGAUUUGUGCAGCCUUGAAGAAGUUAGAUGGGCAGUACAACACUUCGCAAGUGCAGACGGUGAUGGAGUGGUAUAUGUCGUCCUACUCAUCGAGCAUCUCCGACGCCAGCAGCUUGAAGACAGCGAUGAACACCAACAGCGCCUACGAGGGCCUUUGCCAUCCCAUGAAGGAAGAACAAGGAGGCUACGUGCCGGAUUUCCAGUUCCGGUAUUUGAGUGAAGACGUUCCCACGGGGCUGUGUUUCUCUCGUGGUGUGGGUGAAUUGCUUGGAGUGAAGACUCCAACCAUUGACAAAGUGUUGAUUUGGUCACAGGAGAAAUUGAAGAAAGAGUUUAUCAAAGAUGGGAAGAUGAAUAUCGCUGCAGAUAUCAAAGACACACGUGCACCUCAGGCGUUUGGGGUCACUUCCAAGGAUCAACUUUGUAAGUUCCUGAAAAUCAAGAAGGAAGCUGCAUGCUGUGGCUUUUGCUGAGGGCGAGGUAGACGACGACGCGCGAUUUCGAUUUUCGACGAUUCAUCUCGAUUCGAAGAAAAAAGAAAAAGACCGCAUUUCACCGCGUUUCAAAGACCGCAUUUUUUGCUCAGGUUGUUCUCGGAUUUCAGGGUUGGACUGCGUAGAAAGCAUCGAUAUAAGGAAGAUUGUGUCAUUUGUCAUCUCGUGUUCAGGAUGUUUGAGAACUUGUGUUUUGCCUUUGAGGGCCGGCACGGGAAAGACACAUCACACAGAUCAAAUAUCUCCCAAAAUAUGUACCUGCGAAAACGGAUGAAUAUGUCCCAGACAAGGAGACUCGGUGUUACGUUUGACGUACGGCGAGAAGACGGUGAGAAGCAAGAUUGUCGAGCAUCGCUUCGGCUCGAGAAUG